CAGGUUAAAACCAAAAGAGUUUAUUAAAAAAUUUGUUUGAUAUUUUUUGUUUUGAAGUUAUAAUGAAUACACACAUUGACUAUGAACUAUGUUGUUCUUACCUUACACAAGCAUUUAUUUUUAUAAAUGAGUACCAGUGGAUGGCAAACUCCUAUGUUGCAGAAUUUUUUACACAAGACCUCUGGAAUAAAUUACCCCAAUCCUGGAGAAAUUGUCUGGACAGGAUUUCUUUGGAUGAAUUAGCUAAUAACGUUUUGUUGAAUAAAAAAACUGUGAUUUAUCGGAGUGUUUGGCCAUUAUCUUUACUUUCAUAUAUUGCUGCAUGUCAUGCUUUAUCUUUAAAUCAUCAUCAGAAAAUAAUCAAUAAAAAUUUGUGUGAACUUCCAGAGAUUUUUCAUAAACAUAUUAAACCAAAAAAGCGACAUGAAUUGUCUCUACUGCCCCAGGUUAUAAACAAUGUUUGUAAAGAAACUAACUCGACUACUGUUGUGGAUGUUGGUUCUGGUCUUGGACAUUUAUCUAGAAUAUUGGCUUAUCAGUAUGGUUAUAAUGUGACUGCUAUAGAAAUGACAGGACAUCGGCUUCCAGUUGCAGAAAAAUAUGACAAAGAAAUAGAAGAUGAUCUGAAAAGAAAAAAUAAGAUUUCUAGUAAUGUUGGUAGUGUUUGCCAUGUUGAAAAAUGUGGAGUGUACACAAGCCAUGAUUAUGGUGUGAAGGACCAUUGUUCCAAACUUUUUAAAUCUCAAAUAAAUGAAACAUCUGCUCGUGAAAUUAAUGGUUUCGUUGUCAGUGACUCUUGUAUACUGAAUAACAGUGUAUCGUUCUUCAAAAAAACUGAAAAUGUUGAACAUUGUGUUCUUAUUGGCUUGCAUACUUGUGGUGACCUCGCUUCUACGAUGAUGAAGGUAUUUAAAUCCACUCAAAGUAUCAAGGGUUUGGUUUCUGUAUCAUGUUGUUAUAUGCGUAUGUCUCUUAAAGAAGAUUUUAUUAACAAAAACUUUUCUAAACAAAAAGUUGGUUUUUCGAUAACAACUGUUGACCAAUUAUUAUGCCGAACAGAUAGUUUUUGCAGAUCUUGUAAUAGUUUUAAGAAAAUGAUGGCUGGAAAUGCUUUGUGUGAAUACCUUGAAAAAGGGGUGUUUGAUUUUUCAAAAAUGGAAUCUGAGGAAAAUAUUUUAAACCCCGGCUCAACAUUAUGCUAUAUAAACUUAUGCAGAUUAUUUUCUGUUUUUACUUCAAAAUCCUUAGUUUCUCUUCUCAAAAUUCUUCUCUCAAAAAAAUAUUUGAAAACUUGCAUAACAGAUGAAUCUAAAAAGUAUGGUUUUCCGAUGUCAUCUUUUUUAAAAAGUAUCCCUUGUCAACCAAUAACAUAUAAAAGCUUGGAAGUUGCAUGCCAUUUCAUUGACGAUUAUGCUGAAAAACUUCUUUGUAAUAGUCCAAAUCUAAAGUUGCACUGUUUCCGUGCUGUUAUGGAGGUAUUUAUUCGACACGUAGACCCUAAGUUAGUGCUAACUUCAGCUCGUUGCAAGAAAAUUAAAGGAGCAUCAUCUAUGAGUUUCCAUGAGUAUGCAAAAAAAGUUUUUGAUAAUCUGAACAUCAGCUUUAAUUCUGUUCUUCUUAAAGAAAUCAACCAUGAAGAACUUUUAUCUCAGACAAAAAGAGUAAUUAUUUAUUAUUCUUUGGUGUUGCUUCUCGGACCUGUUAUUGAGAGUGUGGUUCUUCUUGAUAAAUAUGCUUUCCUUAAAGAAUUAGGUGUUAAUGUAUCUCUCACUCCUUUAUUUAACCCGAAGAUCUCACCAAGAAAUUUUGUUUUAGUUGCAACGCGUUAAGAAAAUUAGGUGAAACAAUACUUAUGUAUUAUUUCUUAUCGAUGUAAAAACUUUUUUAAAUGUU